AUGGCCGCCGGCCGCCCCCCUCCCCGCCUCCUUCUCGAGUGCCGCCCCGAGCUGAUCCCCGAGGGCGGCAUCGCGGUGGUGUGCUCGACGGCGGGCUUGGUGAAGGCGCCCAGCAAGGAGGCGGCCGGGGAGGAGUUUCAUCGCCUGGCGCUGAUUCAAAGGGGAGUGAUCGAUCCUUAUGAGGGGGAGGAAGAAGAGUCCGAAGAAGCCGAUGUGAAGGAGGAGGUUGGUGAGGAGGAUGGCGGAGAGCGGGCCCACGCACCAGAUGAGCCACCAGCAGGUACGCACUGGAAGAAGGCUAAGAAGAAGAAGAGGGAUGUGAAGAAGCCUACAGAGGUGGACCUGUAUGCGCUGUUGGGUCUGCAGCAUGAGAGGUGGAUGGCGACAGAGCAGCAGAUAACUAAGGCGUACCGCAAGGUGGCACUUGUCAUGCACCCGGACAAGGUGGCGACAGAGGAUGAGGCCACAAAGAAGAAGUUGGAGGAAAAGUUCAAGGCGAUCCAGGACGCUUAUGAGACACUGUCAAAUGCCAAGCUGCGGCGGGAGUAUGACUCGAUGGACAACUUCGAUGACACCAUGCCAACUGAUUGCGAUCCAGACGACUUCUUCAAGGUGUUUGGGCCGGCCUUCAGAAGAAACUGUCGCUGGUCUGUGGAGCAGCCAGUACCAGAUGUCGGGGAUGAAUACUCGCCAUGGGCAGAGAUCGAGGCAUUUUAUGACUUCUGGUACAGUUUCAAGUCAUGGAGGGAAUUCCCGCACCCUGAUGAAGAGGACAUCUCACAGGCAGAGAACCGAGAGGAGAGGAGGUGGAUAGAGAGACAGAAUUCGAAGCUGAGAGAAAAGGGGAAGAAAGAAGAGGUAAAGCGACUGAGAGAACUGGUGGAGAACGCAUACAGGAUCGACCCCAGGGUGGUGAGACACAAAGAGGAAGUGAAGCAAGAGAGGAAGCAACGCAAACGUGAAAAGCAGAGGGCUCGCGAAGAGGCUGAGGCUAAGGAGCGCGAGAAGAGAGAACGGGAGGAAGCGGAGAGGAGGGCUGCAGAGGAGGAGGCAGAGAGGGCCGCUGCAGAGGCCCGACGGAAAAAGGCAGCUGAGAAGGCAGCUGCAAAGAAGCAGCAGGCGCGGUUGCGAGAGCUGUGGGAGAAUUUUGAAGGGUGCGAUGCAGGCCGAUUUGAGGACGAUGACAUCGACUCUCUGUGCUCCAGUUUGCCAAGGGAAAAGUUGGAGGCGUUGUGUGACGCCAUCGAGGCAGCAGGCACUGACACAAGCAGACGGAGCCAGGCCCUGCAGGAUGCUCUGGAAGUGGUGAGGCAGGAAAAGGAAGAGGCUGCGCGACAGAAGGAGGCAAGGCUAGAGGCCACAGCAAAGGCAAUGGAGGAGGCCAGGCAGCAGGAAGCCGCAAAGAAGAAGCAGCAAAUGAAGGAAUGGAGUGAAGAGGAGCUGCGAAUGCUGGACAAGGCAGUCAAAAAGUUCCCACAGGGCACAAGGAAGAGAUGGGAGCAGGUGGCCGCAUAUAUAAGGACCCGCACGCUUGAGGAGGUGAUCACGAUGGUGAAGGAGAGGAAGGGUGCCAGCAUCCGGCGCCUGGAGGGCCAGGAAAACUGGAAGGCCGCGCAGCGCAAGUCGAUGCGGGGCACAGACGGGAAUGACGGCCCCACUCAGGCAUACAGAUUAGGGGCAGAGGCCCAGGCACAAGGGGUGACACAGGAGGGCCCAUCGGGAUCCACGAAUGGAGCCGAAGCCCCAAAGACGGUGGUUUCGGCCACAUCGGGCGCGUGGACAGAGGCACAGGAGCUGGCCUUGGUGAAGGCGCUGAAGGCCAUCGGCCGCGAGGUGGAGGACCGAUGGGAUAAGAUCGCGGAAGCGGUUCCCGGCAAGUCCAAAGCACAGUGCUUCACGAGGUUCAAAGAGCUGCGCCAGACGUUCAGGGCAAAGAAGUCGGGGGGGGAGGGGGCCCAGUAG